AUGCGCGCUCUCGUCCUGGCCCUCCUCGGCCUCUGCUGCCUCGCCUCCUACGUCGUGGAAGGUGUGGGGAGCGAAGUCCUGGAGCAGAAAGUCUGUAUGAGUCUCACGACCCGGCGCCUGCCGGUGAAAAACAUCAAGACCUACACCAUCCGCGAGGGGCCCAUGCGAGCAGUCAUAUUUAUCACCAAACGUGGCCUUAAAAUCUGUGCUGAUCCCCAAGUCGAUUGGGUGAAGCACGCAGUUGAAAGCAUGGACAACAGAAAAAACACGAACCAGAGCAAGCCUACGGGAGCCCAGCGGUCCACCAAGACAGCCGUGACCCUGGCUAGGUAGUGGGUUUGUCCCCUCCCAGGCCAGCCAGAUGAUUUCCUCCUUGCAGGCUCAUGGACUCAUUAAAUUAUACUCACGUUUUCUGAAAGUACUGCCUA